CGUCCAAUUUUAUCAACAUUUGGACCACCAUGUCGGAGAAUAUGUGGCAACUGUAGACGCUGCAAAGGUUGAGAGGCAACCCAAGCAAAAGGCAAGACCGUUAUGUUAUGGAUACGAUAGCGAGCCAUCGGGUGAAUGAGUUCUCCGGGAGGAAGAGGCAGCAGAAAGAAGCGAGGCCCUGCAGGGUCCCCGCCCGACGGAGGGGCCACCUGCGACCAGGUGUCACUACAUAAACGAAAUUUGUAUUACUUCUCAUACCCACUGCUGGCGUUGUUUGCAGUGCUCCGUGUCCUCGUAUUGCAUUUUGGCGAACUCUUCGCCUGGCUGUGCCAGCGGAUGUCUCGUGCUAUGGCUGCGAGACCCAAACAACGGGCAGCAGACGAGCAUGCGAACAAGGUGUGCGAGCAGGACAUCGGCGAGCAGAUCCGAAACCACCACAAACAAGCAUUCGAGUACAUCUCAGUGGCUCUGAGAAUUGACGAGGAUGACAAAGUGCACAAGGAACAGGCAGUCCAGUGGUACAAACGCGGAAUCGCAGAGCUCGAGAGGGGCAUCGCGAUCGAGGUAGCUGAAAACGGCGAGAAAUAUGAACGAGAUAAACGUCUACAGGCCAAGAUGAUCACUAAUCUGAUCAUGGCAAAGGAUCGCCUGGAGCUUUUGGAAAAGCUGCGUUCAGGGCCAGCUCAGAGAGACAUCUAUGCAGAGAGCUCAAACCAGUCAUACCAUAACGGUUAUCUACGCUCAGUAAGUGGAGCCGUACCCAAAAAGAGGGACUCCCUGACUACUCACUCCAGUCACUCCCUCCCACGACCAAAGCAUACGCCAAAAAAAACCUUGCCGGCAGGUCACGGGGGCCUCCAGCGCUCCCCCAGCUUCAUUGGGCCCUCCAGCAGUCACACACAGCACAGACUGGUCCCCCAGUCCAACAGAAACAAGAGUAAAACGGGCAACCGGCAAAACUGUAAACCCACCACCACUCCCACAUCCAUGUCCCCACUGAAGAAGAGGGAUAUGAAGAACUUGAAGAAUGUGGACAGCAAGCUUGCCAACCUCAUCCUCAGCGAGAUCAUAGACAGUGGCUCAUCUGUGAGGUUUGAGGACGUUGCUGGCCAGGAGCUGGCUAAGCAGGCCCUACAGGAAAUAGUCAUCCUGCCUGCACUAAGACCAGAGUUGUUUACAGGCUUGAGGGCUCCAGCACGAGGCCUUCUGCUGUUCGGUCCUCCUGGCAACGGAAAGACGAUGCUGGCUAAAGCAGUGGCCAUGGAGUCCAACGCCACAUUCUUCAACAUAAGUGCAGCCAGCUUGACCUCGAAAUAUGUGGGGGAGGGAGAGAAGCUGGUGCGAGCUCUGUUUGCCGUCGCCAGAGAACUGCAACCCUCGAUCAUCUUCAUAGAUGAGAUCGACAGUCUACUCUGUGAAAGGAGAGAGGGAGAGCAUGAUGCCAGCAGACGACUGAAGACAGAGUUCUUGAUUGAAUUUGAUGGGGUGCAAUCUGGUGGGGAUGAACGGGUGUUGGUGAUGGGAGCCACCAACAGGCCUCAGGAGCUGGACGAGGCUGUUCUUAGGCGAUUUGCAAAACGGGUGUACGUGGCUUUACCAACAGAAGACACACGGCUAAAACUGGUCAAGAACCUUUUAGGGAAGCACGGGAAUCCUCUCACACAAAAAGAACUGUCCCAGCUUGCCAGAAUGACAGAAGGCUACUCUGGCAGUGACCUGACCUCGCUGGCCAAAGAUGCGUCCCUCGGUCCCAUCCGAGAGUUGCGUCCAGAACAAGUCAGGAACAUGGCCGCAAACGAGGUGAGGAAUAUCAGGUUCUCUGAUUUCGUGGAGUCACUGAAGAAGAUCAAAAAGAGUGUCGGACCACAGACGCUGGACCUGUAUGUGCGCUGGAACAAGGACUAUGGGGACACCACGGGUGCAUGAGACAAGAGGGGGGACACAUGUAGCCUCUGUCCUAACCCUGAACCUUCAUUGAGGCAGUGGAUUGAAAAGUGUUUUAAACAGAGAUUUUUUUUUCCAUUAUUGUUUUUAACUCUUAAGGUCAUAGGACUGUUCGAAUAAACUAUUUAUUGUGUGUUAUGAUACGGCUGUUGUCUUCCAAACUAUUAUAGUCACAGUGAUUUUAUAAAUAAAUACAUAUAAAUGUC